CGCAGGAGCCCAGAGCCAGCCUUGCCUGCCGUCCUUCCGUCCAGCGGCCGGAAGGGGCAGUAGGAUUCGGGGACUCGGGGCCCAGAGGACGCGGGGAGGGCCGACCUUCUCCGGGCGCGUGCAGGGCGGGGAGGUGGCCGCUUUCCUCUGGGACUCUGCCCACUGCCCCGAGACACGUCGAGGAAGAGGAAGGUAUGGCCUCCGGGCUUCCGACGGCCUGGUUUCCUGAACCAGUGAUCUUUGAAGAUGUGACCCUGGGUUUUAACCCGGAGGAGUGGGAAAUGCUGGACCUCGAACAGAAGUCCCUGUACAGGGAGGUCAUGCUGGAGAACUACAGGAACCUGGUCUCAGUGGAACAUCAGCUUUCCAAGCCAGAUGUGGUAUCUCAGUUAGAGGAGGAGGAAGAGCUCUGGUCGGUGGAGAGAGGAAUUCCUCAAGACACCUCUUCAGAGUGUCCUGAGGCUCACUUGGCCCCUCAGUUCGAUCCUUUUCCUGCUGGGAACCCCCUGAUGAAGAUUGAGGUUGUUGAAGUCCUCACCCUGAACCAGGAGGUAGCUCGUCCCCGGAACGCCCAGAUCCGGGCCCUCUAUGCCGAAGAUGAGGGCCUGAGCCCAGACGUCCUCAGGGAGUCCACUCAACAGGGCAACAAGCACCCAGCUGACCCUGAGGCUGCUCGCCAGAGGUUUCGGGGCUUCCACUUCGAGGAGGUGGCAGGGCCCCGUGAGGCCCUGGCCCAGCUACGGGAGCUGUGCCACCAGUGGCUGCGGCCCGAGGUGCACUCCAAGGAGCAGAUGGUGGAGCUGCUGGUGCUGGAGCAGUUCCUGGGCGCGCUGCCCAGGAAGCUCCGGUUGUGGGUGGAGUCGCAGCACCCCGGGGACUGCCAGGAGGCCGUAGCUCUGGUGGAGGAUGUGACCUGGAUGUCUGAGGAGGAAGCACUGCCCACCCAGGGCCCCACCGGUUCUCCCCAGACCACAGCUCAGCAGGAGGACGAUGUGGCCACUUGGCUGGCAAAGGCACUGCCUGAGGAACCAGUGACCUUCCUGGAUGUGGCUGUGGACUUCAGCAGGGAGGAGUGGGGGCUGCUGGACACAACGCAGAGGACCGAGUACCAUGAUGUGAUGCUGGAGACAUUUGGACACCUGGUCUCUGUGGGGUGGGCGACUACCCUGGAAAGCAAGGAGUUAACUCCAAAACCCAACGUUCCUGAGGAAGAACCAGCCCUCCACCUGAAAGUGGAGGAAUUCUCCAGGGAGGACGCCAGGCCCCCCACCUCCACCUCCGAGGAUGCUGUGCAGGCUGGGGCCCCAGAGGCCUUGGACAUGGCUGCAAAACCUGUGGUGCUCGCUCAGGAAAAAACCCUCUCUCGGAAGCUGCCGCAGGGCGAACGCCCCAAAGCUCAGGCAAGCACAAGUCCCAACAUGAGCCCUGUCUUCCUCCAGAAAGCCCUUCCGAGAAAACGCCUGUGUAGGCGCGGUCCCGGGCUCAAGAGGGGGAAGCUUCGUCAUCAGGGCAGCUGCGGUGGUGGCCGGGCCAGGAGCCGGGACAGCGGCGGGGGAGGCCUCAGCCCCAGAGCCCAGCAGAUCACAUUCACCCGAGUCCACAAGGGGAGCCAGGCGUGCCGGUGCAGCGAGUGUGGCAAGACCUUCCGCAACCCCAGGUACUUCUCCGUGCACAAGAAGAUCCACACGGGGGAGAAGCCCUAUGUGUGCAGGGACUGCGGCAAGGCCUUCGUGCAGAGCUCCUCCCUCACGCAGCACCAGAGGGUGCACACAGGGGAGCGGCCUUUCGAGUGCCACGAGUGCGGGAGGACCUUCAACGACCGCUCAGCCAUCUCGCAGCACCUGAGGACACACACUGGAGCCAAGCCCUACCCGUGCCGGGCCUGCGGGAAGGCCUUCCGCCAGAGCUCCCACCUCAUCCGGCACCAGAGGACCCACACAGGUGAGCGCCCCUACACCUGUAACAAGUGUGGGAAGGCCUUCACCCAGAGCUCGCACCUGAUAGGGCAUCAGAAGACACACAGCGGGCUGAGGUGCAGGAGGAAACAGCCCCUCUCUUAGCCCACCGGCCGCUAGGGGAGGAGACGCCACCUGGCAGCCUGUUUCUGCCUUGUCAGGUGAGCUGGGCCUGGUUGGGUUCGAAACUGAACAUGAAAAGCGGCCAGUGAUGAUGUUCUCAAGAGCAGAGGACCACUGGGGGGACUGCCCUGCACUCAAGCCAGUAAGAAAACCAGCAGAAGUUACUGCUGAGGAAGACAUCAGUCGGAAAACCAGAUCUACUCUUUCGCUCAGUUGAUUUGCUGUUCUAAUUUGUCUGUUCACUUGGUCGUUCAAAGUGAUGUUAGGGAAACCUGAAAAUGCUUAUCAUGUAAGUUUCAAAAGCCAGGUACCAAAAAGUCUGUGCACUGAUGACGUAUUUGUGGUGAAAGUAUGUAUAAGGACAAGGGCUAAAAGAGAAUGUGGAUAAAUAAACUAUGUUUCUGGAGUAGGA